GGAUUUUUGUUUUGUGAUACUAUGUGGAUUACUUUACUGUUCAUUCCUGAUAGGUUUUUAAUUGUCAUUAUGAAAAUACGUAAAUAUAUUUAAUACCUUGUCUCAAUCAAAAUGAAAAUGUUGUUUCCAUCCUUUGAUAAUCACCAGAUAAAUACUCAGCAUAUGGUAGUUAUACUCGGCAUGCUUGUUGUUUCACCUCUGUUGUUCCUUUUUCCGAGCCAUGUGUUCCCUUUAUUUGUUAGCCGAAUUUCUGUCCAUGUGAAUUUGUGUGAUACUGCAUUUAGUUUUUGUUGUCUCCGAAAUGUUCCUGCCAGCAUACACUGUGCCCACCCUGUUUUUUACCCAGAGUCUCAUUCAGUGUAGAUGAAAUGGCCAUGGCCUUGUGUGUGUCCUGAAGCGUUGUCGCUGCAGAGUGAAGGGAACCUUUCAGAUAGGCAGAGAGGAGAAAAGAGUUUGUACAAUACCUCUUUAUCAUUUGUUAUAAUUUGAUAUAAAAAGCCAAGUACAAUACUUUGCAAAUGUGCCACUAUUAUGCCACAUUUAAGUGGAAGAAUCUGAAGGAAAGUAUGGAUAUAUUUUGCCUCUCGACACGUCUCCUCUCUGGUUAUCGCUCAUUUGUUCCAGGCUCUCAACGUAAGGCAAACACAACACACCCUGUGUGGCUGUGAACAACUAACGUGUAUACUGACUUACUCUGUGCUAUUCUAAAAGUAUGCUCAACCAGUAAUAUCAUUGUAUCCAUCAUUGUUGCCUUCAUACACUGUGUUCAUGUGGGUGUCCUUUUUGCUGCCACAAUCUAACAUUGUGAUCCGAUGUUGCCAUUGUUGACUGUUCUAUCAUGCUGUUGUCGACCUUCUCUCAUUCUCAUAACAAGUAAUCCCCCCAUUUCUCUCUCUUUCCCUCCUUGUGAAUAACCAUCAACCUCAAACCCAAUUUCCACCUUGUCUGUCUUGACCCCCAAUCCCUAAUAAUUCCAUCUGCUGACCCCCAUUACCCACCUACAAACUCCCCGCCCCUUUUCUUCUUUGGUUCUUCUGUCGCCGUUGCCCUCCCUGCUUCUGCCCCUCCCCCUCUUCAGGACUUCUGGCAGGUAUGGGGUGUGUGCUGAGCGGCAUGUGUGCACCUGAAUGAAAUGCUGCACUUUGUAGUCAAUACUUACUCCUCUUAGUUCCUUCAGUCAACUUGUGCCUCUCCUUUUGUUGAAACUUUUUAUGACUCACUUUUUCCUGGUAAUGUGGACGGCGUAUAUACUCACUAUUGUACUGUAAGUGCAGGGGAACAGUUAAGUAGUUGUUGUUUUUUCUAAAUUUUCCAUAUCUCAGCUUCAGUAACUCUUAUGAAAGCCUACUAACUCAUCAGCUCAUCGUCGUUUAUUGGGACACUAUACCAUGUAUAUCUUUGCUCAUUUAAGCAAUUAGCUGCACAUUUAUUGUUCAGAACAGUUCAUCCAAGGGCAUCUCAGAAACCCUAGAUGAUGUACUUAAUUAUUUAUUAUCAAAUGAGCUGUAUUAAGGUGAUAUACAUAAUGUUUUUGCUUGGAGCAGGUCAGUCAGGUGUAGACUUCAGCUCUUUAUAAUGAAGAGAAUGCUCAUCACAGCAGGCCUGUUAUUGCUAUGUGUUGACACUGUGUUAAAGACCUCCCCAGUGCUCUUUGUGUGAACUUGGUGCCCACAGAUGUGUGCCGUGCAGUCUCUGCUGAAUUAUUAAAACUUCAUUUUUCCACUCUGUCACUAUAAGACUUAUAAAUACUUCUGUAGCACCUAAUUUAUCUUGCAAAGCUGAGAUGGGAAGAGCAACUAAAAAGUGUCCCUUACAAGGCACCUUUUUCGCAACUUUUAAAAUAGAUUGUGUAACACAUACAUUUUUCUGCUGCGAGAAGAUUGCUGUUCCCCUACACUCAUACUCCCUCUCUCUCUUUCACUCUUUUUAAAUGUUUUUUUAAGUGUUUUCUUUCUCAUCUCCUUGUAUUAUUUCUCUUAAGCACUAGCUUUCCACAUGCCUUGGCACUCAUUCCCUUAGCAUGCCCUGUUGUGGUACCAGUGUCUUCCACAGAAAGUAGCUGGUGGUGGCGCCCCCUUUCUGCGCAUGGUGGCAUCACAGGGUUUUUUGGACCCAGGAAAUGGCUCUUUUAGCUAGCAUUGAGGCUGUAUCGAUGUGCUUGGUAGCAUUCACCAAUUCAUCUUUUAAAUUGUUCAGAUGUCAGUACUGCAUGAUGCCUGAAGAGCAUGGUUUGAAGUUACGGCGGUAAUUGUGUACGUUUAAAAACUGUUGACUGUUCAAACUGUUCCCUCCAUGCUGUGUGACCUUCUGUAUGAAAAGCCAACUGACUGGCGAUGAGUGCCAGUGAACAAUAGUUACUCAUGUAUGUGUGUAUGGGUGGGCUUUUCUGUUGUCGCUGUUAUCAUGUUUUCACUCUUUCUUAUUUUACAGGAAGUUACGUAAGGUCACUGGUUGGACUUAGUUAAAAUGCCUCCAUUCCUCCAUGUUUGCACUCUGUAUUCAACUUUCUCUGCCCUUUCUGUUUGUGUGAAAAUCAGUUAAUCCUACUCACACUUCCUCUUUUGAUUUCUGUAUGUUCUCCUAAUCUAGAAGAGGUUUUGGGUCACCAACUCACAGUCUUCUGAUUAGGCUGCCUCUUCCUCAUAGGAGGCAGCUGCCAUUCCUCUAUAAUUUGAUGGCUGACCAUUCUGUAUCAUGUUGAAUUGUUUAGUCAUGUUCCCAGAAUAAUCAGGAGUUAUUAACAGGCUCACCUGCUUUGUGGGUUCCCCAAGGACCAGACAGUUAAUAUGCUCUCUGUACCAGCGCCUCCACAUGCAGACGGUGGUAUUUUUGUCCCACAUGCCAGUGCAUACAAGCGGGGAGCAUUUAUUCUGGAUAAGUCUAAAAGUCAGAGAAAGAUUCUGUGUUUUCACAGACAAAUGUCAGGUACAUAAUGAGAUCUUGUGCAUGCUUUCUUGAGAGAUCAGAUGGAGGGCUUUCCCCACAGAUGGAUUCCAGGCACGUAAAGGUCUACAAGUAAAUACAUUUAUACCAGUGGCGGGCACUGCAUUUGGUACCUGGGCCUUCAGGGGGACUUAACCGGCCAAAAUUGUUUUCAGCAGACAAUGUGAGGACCUAUACUGUUACAAAAAAAAUAAUAAAGCAAGAGACCCAGUUAACCCUUUAUCUUUCACUAUAUCGUCUAUACUAUCAAUACUAUCGACUAUAUAUCGAUACGCCUGACUUUCAUUCUGCUCGUAGCUUUGAGUAUGAGUAGCUUAGUAAUUUCCACUGGUAAUCGCCGGUGCUUGUAAAGUUGACGCUCAGGCAAAUGAAACAAGCACAUUACAACAUCAUCUGGAGCAGUUCAGAAUCAAUAUUUAGCUAAUAACAUGACAAAAACAUAAAACUUUUUAAUAGAAUACUUCUCACCAGAGAUGUCAAUUGCUCCUCUUCAAUCAGCCAUUCUGGACCCUAACUUGGCUUGUAGAACAGUUUUGCUCUGAACAACCAAUCAGAGAAUGGACAAAUGCUGACAUUAUUGUAGGCUAGCUAGCUAGCUGUGAGGGGAAUCUGAAAUCUGAUUGGUUAAAGAAACAGCCCCAUUGCUAAUACGUGACAUGGGCCAGGACUCAUGGUUCAGAAGUCCUUGGGCUGAUUAGAUUGACAUGGCAACACAUACAGCCAUGGCCAAAAAUAUUGCUAUGGCAUCUUCGAUAUGCCAAUAUUUUUUGGCAAUGACAAUAGAAGCUGAAACAAAAAAAAUCUAACACACACACACACAAACAGGAAGCAGUGCAGCCAAGAGACACGCUACAAAAUGCAGAAAAUAGACGGGUAGGAAUAAAUUAAUACAAUUUCACGGAACAAAUACGAAAGACACACGUUGGCCUUACAGGACGACGCGUGAAGAUGCAAGAAGCGCGUACGUUUGUCUUGCAACCUGAAAAAACAUAAGCGCCCGUAGAGUUUCUUGACAUGACAAAGAACUUCUGCGGCCAGCUUACGGCUCAAAAAUCAGCACAUCACACUCACACCCUCCAUGGCUUUAUUGCAUUUUUUGCACGUAGACCAGUAGACCAUACGGCCAGUUGUGUCCUCGGCUUUAAUUGAGCUAGAAAAAAAACAAAACUAUUCACAGCAAAGUCUUUUAUUAAAAAAAAAAAAAAAUAUAUAUAUAUAUAGAUAUAGAUAUAUAGAUAGAUAUAUAGAUAAAACUAUGCCUUAAUAGUUAAUGCUCAUUACAUUCGAUGGUACUUAGACAGCAUUUCUUUAUCCACAUGUGAAAUGAGAGGAAAGAGCCCCUCAGCAUGCAAGCCACUGGCUGUACAAAAUAAAUCAGAUUUGUUGGACUGUUUAGUUAAAGUUUGUCCAGCGCAGCUCUCGGGCUUAGCGUGAACUGAACGGAGAUUAGACCAAACCCUUGACCUCCUCUGUGAGUUGUGUGUUUGUAUAUAACAACUGUACAUUUUGACAGCAUCACCAGCAGCUCUUUCACAGACGUAUUUGUGCCUCCUCUUGCAGGCUGGGCGCUUUCUCCAUCAAUUUCCUGCAGCCAUAGCUUAGCCUGACACACAGAGAACAGAAUGAACACAUGAGUUGGCUUAGAUUUAAUAAGGACGCAUGCCUAGAUUCACUCUGACAGCUGUGAUGUUAACACCAAUCAGAUGACAUGCACUGUCAAAUGAGGCUCUAUCUGUUAAUUAACUUGAGUACUACAGUAAUGAGGGUUUCAGUCAUUUGCAGAGCACUAAUUUGAGAUAACGCCACAAUUAGCACUCAAUGCUGAGUCAAUUGUCAUUUUUAGUAACUUUGUAUUUGUUUUACCUAAAUUCAAUUCAGGCUCUUUUGUGGGAUUGCUUUUCUCCAUUUUCUCCCAGCAAAGAAUUCCAAAUGUUAAAAGCCCAAAAAAGUUUCAGGAGUGUAUCUCCUAUGAUGAGCAGACUUGACACUAGAAGACUUGAUCACCUCUGUUGUUAACAUGUGGCCCAAAUCCAACCCCUCUUCUUUUUCUUUCAUGUUUUCACUUUCCACUUCCCACUGUCUUUUAUCUAUUUCGCUUACUUUGCCAGCCUUUGUUCCUAGACCCACACCCACGCAGGGACUCACUUCACAGUAUCUCUGGCAUUAUUUCCUCUCGUUCACCUUUCCGUCUUUUUCUACUGACUCCCUUCUCCAUUUAUACUGUGACAGUUAAUGGAUCAAUCAUAGCACUGUUGCUGUAGACUCUUAUGUUGGAGAGAGAUACAAAAAUUGCUAGGUACACCGAGAUAAAACGAAUGCACAGCAUUAAAGCAUCCCUUUAUUCUCUGUUAAAUGGACUUUCAAUUUGUGGCUCUUUUCUUAAGGAGGAAGAGAGGUCGGAUAUUUAAGUAUUAAAGCUGCACACCUUCUGUAUAUACUCUAUUAGUUCUGACUUGUUGUACCUAAUCAAUUGACUACCUAAUGGGGAGGGAAUCAGUCACGUACUGUAUGGAUGCAUCAGGUUGUUAUUCUACUAAAGGGGAUGCCACAAAAUAUGUAUAUACAGAUUUCCAUCAAAUUGAUACUUAAAAAAUACAGACAUACAUAAUAAUGUGAUAAUGGAUGAGGUUUGUUAGUUUUAAGCUCCAGUAAAAUGGAGCUUGAGGAAAUGAUGAUCUUUGUGUGAGGGAUGCAGUUAAAAUCUCUAUUUGAGUGGCAUCCCUGUGUAUUAUUUUUGCUUUGAACCAGCUGUUUUGUAUGAGCGUAUACAUGUGUGUGAGUGUGUAAAAGAAAGACGGUAUGAAUACAUAUGCGUGUCUUUGUCAUUCAAGGCCCUGCUAAAGACAGCAGAGGCCACAAUGUUCUCUAACAGUUGUUUCUCCUCCUUCCUCCUCCUCUGAAAUGGACCUCUUACAGACGGAGAAGAUAGCUCAGGAGAGGGAGAGGUUUGCAGAUGAAGACAGCAUUUUCUACUCUCUGGGAGAAUGUGGCCUCAUCUCUUUCUCAGACUACAUCUUCCUCACCACUGUGCUGUCCACUCCCCAGAGGAACUUUGAGAUUGCGUUCAAGAUGUUUGAUCUCAAUGGUGAUGGAGAGGUGGACCUGGAGGAGUUUGAACAGGUCCAGAGCAUUAUCCGCUCUCAGACGAGCAUGGGCAUGAGACACCGCGACCGCUCCACCACAGGAAACACUCUGAAGACAGCCGGCUGCAGCUCAGCACUCACCACUUACUUUUUUGGAGAAGACCUGAAGGGAAAACUCACCAUUGGCAGCUUCCUGGAGUUCCAGAGGAAGCUGCAGCAUGAUGUGCUUAAGCUAGAGUUUGAGAGGAAUGAUCCAGUGGAUGGACGAAUCUCCGAGAGACAGUUCGGGGGUAUGCUGCUGGCCUACAGUGGUGUUCAGUCUCGUAAACUCAAGCAGAUGCAGAAGGGAUUGAAGAAGAUGUUUAAAGAUGCACAGGGUAUUACAUUUGAGGAAGUUGAGAAUUUCUUCACGUUCUUGAAGAAUGUCAAUGAUGUGGACACGGCGCUGAGCUUCUACCACAUGGCUGGAGCGUCCAUAGAUAAAGUUACCAUGAAACAGGUGGCCCGCACUGUAGCCAAGGUGGAGUUGUCAGAUCACGUGUGCGAUGUGGUGUUUGCGCUGUUUGACUGCGACGGGAACGGCGAGCUCAGUAAUAAGGAGUUCAUUGCCAUUAUGAAGCAGCGGCUCAUGCGUGGGCUGGAGAAACCCAAGGAUAUGGGCUUCACUCGGCUUGUGCGCGCCAUGUGGAAGUGUGCUCAGGAUACUGCCUGGGACUUUGCAAUGCCAAAGACAUAAUGGGGCCCAAAGGUGACGUGCGAGUGGGAGUAACAGCACCAUUAGAGACAUUUUUCUCCAACUGUUGUAACAAAUUUAAACAGUGAAUACAACAGAGGCUGCAGCCCUGAGAAGCACCAUUGUUCAUGUUGGUGUCACUCAGGCCAACUGUAAACCGGAACCAUGCAUGAGUGCCCCAUGAGUUUGCCACACAUAUUUGUAUAAUAAGCAUAUACAGCCAUAUAUUUGAUGCCAUUGUACGGCAUUCAACAGCAUGUGACCCUUUGUUAAAUGCUAAAAUCAAGUAGAAACUAUUAUUUGACUCAUCUCCAAAAUGUUGCCCCUAAAUAUUAGUCAACUCCCAAGCUACUUCUACCACUUACAUUUUUAUUUUUCUUCAUCAAGGAUGUCACCCUAAGAUGUUCAAAAUGUAUAUUAUUCUGAUUAUAUUGCUCACUGAAACACUUUCUAAGAUGAAUGUUAUGCAAAUUAAAAGUUUGUUUUUAUACUUGAA